AUGUCCGAUUCAGUCCAAGAACCCUCUCAGAGCGACGACAAGGCUUCGCCGGCCUCUGCCUCGUCCAACAAAGAUCAGAACGACUCGACAGCCAAGCGCGCAAACGCAAAAGAUCCCUCGAGACCAAGGAGGAAGAAGGCGCGCAGAGCUUGCUAUGCCUGCCAGCGUGCGCAUUUGACAUGCGGUGACGAACGACCGUGUCUUCGCUGCAUAAAACGUGGCUUACAAGACCACUGCCACGAUGGAGUACGGAAGAAGGCCAAAUACCUACACGAUGCGCCAAACGAAGCUCUGGUACCACACAACUUCAAUCAAAGUCAGAGUCAACUGAAUCAAGCUACCCCAGCUACUGAGUCUACUCCCGUAGCCCAAUCCUCGUCAUCAUAUUAUCCCACUCCAGUUGGUGCUCAACCUUUUGCGAAUUUCGGUCAUACUCCUUCGGUAGCUCCUAUCAACUCCCCUUCAGCUACCGAGUCCCCAAUGAUCCAUAAUAAUCCAUACGCUCCGCAGCAAAGCAUGGUCACUCAGCCGUUCUCUUCAACCGCUUCUCAACAGAUGCCGCCCCCUCAAGAACCUAUUUCUUCUAUCGCACAUACUUCUGGAGAUGCAAAGGCUGGCGCGCCCUUCAACGCCCCGUUCUUCGAUCCUGCCGACCCUUCGCUCUUUAAUUUUGAUAUCUCGAGUCUGAACUUUGGCAAUCAUUAUGGUGCUCUGGAGUUUGGCAUGCUCGGCCAUAUGUCUUCUGGUGCUGUCGAGACUCCUGACGCCGAGAACAAUAAUCUGAUGACCUCGAUUCCUUACGACCCAACCAACUCAAACUACUCAUCGACCUUUGGCUACACCACAACAGGUUUUCCAGACUGGCAGCGCAAUAACGAUGGCGCUAGACAAAACAGCUCUGGUCAGGUCUUUUCCAUAACAGGAGAUAACAGUUUCGACGGACAACUCAACUUCCCGAACGCCUUUGCCAUAGGAGAGAACGGCUCUAUGUCAGGAGCAAGUCCCAGCGCCGCAAACAUGAUGGAUUUCGGCACAGGGUAUAGCUCAAGUCCUGUCGCUUCAGCGCAAAAUUUGCUGCAAACCUCGAAUUCAGAUUUCAAUCGUCAUCAACACCGACCGCAAAUCAGAAAUAGUUUCUCAACGAACGACAUCAACCAAACCCGAAAUCAACACAGAAGACGACGAGAUCCUUCUGACAUUUACACAUCUGUCACUGCUCCGUAUUCGUACACCACUGGCUUUCACGCCCUGACCGCGUGCUUGCAAAGAUUAUACUCACCACAAAAGACUGCGCGAAUUGCUAGAGCGCUAGCAGCCAUCCGACCAUCAUUCAUUUCUUGCACAAAACAGUUGAAUGUCGACGACUUAAUAUUCAUGGAAAAGUGUUUCCAGAGGACGUUGUUCGAAUACGAUGACUUCUUGACGGCUUACGGAACGCCGACGUUGAUUCUACGUCGUACUGGCGAAGUCGCUGCUGUCAGUAAAGAGUUCUCGCUACUGACAGGAUGGUCAAGGGACGUCCUUCUCGGCAAGGAAGCGAAUCAGAAUAUCAACAUUGGCAACGCAUCAGGCCGCCAAACGGGGACCAGCACGAGAGGAACCACGACACCUCGUAACCAAAGUAUUGCAGACAAUCCAGGCCGACUACAACCGGUCCUUCUUCCAGAGCUCAUGGAAGACGACAACGUCAUCGACUUCUACGAAGAUUUUGCAAAACUUGCCUUUGGAGACUCACGUGGUGUUAUGAUGAAGCCCUGCAAGCUCUUGAAGUACAAAACUAAGGAAGAUCCUGGCUGGAGCGCAGACCUUCUGGCCGAGCGAGAGAACAGGCUCAACAAUGGUAAACCUGUCGGUCCCCUCAUCAGUGGCGAGUCUGGAAUGAACUCGCUCGGUGAUCGGGAUGGCAAGGUGUCUUGUAUGUUCUGCUGGGUGGUCAAGCGAGACGUGUUUGACAUUCCCAUGAUGAUUGUUAUGAAUGUAAGUCUUGAAAUCUUGUCUCCACCUGAGAAGAUUGUCACACUGACUGCGAAUAGUUCCUCCCGAUUAUCUAAACCUCAAGGCAUUGAUCUGGCAUAG